AUGUCUGACGUUGACCACGGAAAUGUUCAGACUAUCACCACUGCCGAAGAAUUCAGGGAGAAGGUCUUAGAUUCGAAGGGACCUGUUGUCGUCGACUGCUUCGCCACGUGGUGCGGUCCUUGCAAGGCUAUUGCUCCCAAGGUAGCCGAGUUCAGCAAGACGUAUCCCCAGGCCAAGUUCUAUCAAAUCGACGUUGACGACCUCGCCGCAGUCGCCGCUGAGCUUGGAGUCCGCGCCAUGCCCACCUUCUUUCUGUUCAAUGAUGGAGAGAAGGUCAACAAUGUUGUUGGCGCCAACCCCCCAGCUCUGGAGGCUGGUAUCAAGGCCUUGGUGGCGUAA